AUGCAAUCGCUGCCACGGGAUCGGCCCGAGGCUCGCCUCUGCGGGACCAACGGGAAGGAAGAGGAAGUCGACUCGGGGCCGAUGGAAGAGGAGUUUAAUUGGCAGGAACACAUGGAGGAGAUGGGGGCCACCGCCGCGCCGCACACCGCCUUCAAACACGUGGAGGUGAGCCUACAGAGCAGCUUCCAGCCCGGUAUGAAGCUGGAGGUGGCCAACAAGGGCGCCCCCGACACGUACUGGGUGGCCACCAUCGUGGCCACGUGCGGCCAACUCUUGCUGCUGCGCUUCAGCGGCUACGCUGCAUCCGGUGGGCUGGUGCGCCCGCAACCUCAAGACGCUGGCGCCGCCACAAGCCAUCGAGGAGAAACACGGCGACUGGACCGAGUUUCUGGUGGCCGACCUGACCGGCUCCAGGACUCCGCCCGCCAACUUGCUGGAGGGGCCGCUGCGAGGGAAGAACACGGUGGAUCUGAUCGUCCGAGGGGCCGUAUUGGAGCUGCGCGACGCGUCGGACCCUUUCGUAUAUUGGCCGGCGCGCGUGGUCCGCAACGUGGGCGGCCGCCUGCGUCUCCGCCUCGCCGGGCUGUCGGACGAGCACCGGGCUCGGGACGCCUGGCUUUUCUACUUGGACGUCCGGCUGCGGCCGUUUGGGUGGGCGGGGGAGAACCGGCUGGCCUCGGAGCCGCCCGCAGAAUGGCGCGCCCUGAAGAGCGCCGCCGAUUGGCAGCGAGCUUUGGAAGACGCCCGGCGAGACGCCGAGACCCGCGCCGUGCCGCUCGAAGUGUUCAAGGACCACACGGACCUGCCCGCGCACGGCUUCGAGUUGGGCGUGAAGCUCGAGAUGCUUUUUCCGUGGGAGCGCUCGCGGAUCUGCCCGGUUACGGUCACCGAGGUCUUCAACGAGCACUACUUUCAGGUGACGGCGGACGACCUCUCGGGCGACGCCGAGCCGCGUUCGGCCUUGUGCCACGCCAACUCGGCGGGCAUCGUGCCCGUCCAGUGGUGCCUGAAGAACGGGGCCGUUCUAGAGAGGCCGCCCGGCUACCCGGAUCAGGACUUUGACUGGGCCGACUACCUGAAGCGGUGCGGCGCCGAAGCCGCGCCCGACACCUGCUUCUCUAACACGUGGCGGACGCGGGCCUUCGCGGAGGACACGUGGCUAGAGGCGGCGCACCCGGAGAGGCCGGAUGAGAUUUGCGUCGCCCGGAUCACUCGCGUUCGAGGACGCUUCCUCUGGCUGCGGCUAGAAG